AUGAAUGAUGAGGAGCGGAAGGCUCUGGCCGAAGCGCGUGGCCGUGUCGCAAACCUGCGCGCCAUGUUCAAUAAAGGCAGCGUCCAGAACGCGGAGCCUCCUGCCUGGAAGCGCCGCGUGGCAGUUCCGCCGCCUGUGAAGCUGCCUACUGCAAUGGACAAGUCGGUAGACGAGACAAUUAACGGGCAGCCGGAAGACAAGAAGGUUGAGCCGAGCUACUCGCGCGUCAAGAGCUCCGAGUCGCUCGUGGAUGCUGCUGUGCAGGAGCGUAAAGUACGAGACGAUCACGAGCGUUGCCCGGCUCAGGAAGUCAAAGACGCGACGACCAAGCAGUCGUCGUAUCACCUUGAGAGCGAUCGUGCUUAUAAUUUCUCAUUGAGGCAGCAACGGAGUGUGCGGAUGGCCGAGCGACUGGCCAAGAAGUCGCUCGCGCAGUUCUCGAGCAAUGGACCGACGUUUGAAGACGAGAAACGAGAGGAGAAGCGGCGUCGAGAAGAGGCGGAGCGCACGAAGGAGCAAGAGGCGCAGAACGCACUGCGAACGUUUGCAGGAGGGAAAACAUUCUUUGAAGAGCAGUUGGACGAGAAGAAGCGUGCCCAGGAGCUGGAGCGACAGCAGGAGCAGUGCGCCAAAGAGGCCAAGAGCAACUUUUCGUCGCCCGACUUUGAUCACGCCUAUAGACGCGCUAAAGAGGUGGCGCAGGUGGAAAAGGAGGCGGAAGGGAAGGCCAAGGCUGCGCUUUUGAAGUACGACCAGCACGAUGUCACGCAUGAAUAUGGCAUGAAGAAUGGCAUGAUGGUGCAUAAGCAAAGCAGCACUGAUGACACUCCUAAAGCCAAGCGGUACCCGUUUACAGAUCCUGCUGCACGUAUCAAGAAACCUUCUCCUCAGUCGGUGAAAGCUCUCGCACGAUUUCAAGCGCAACUCGCUGAAAACCGUGCAAGAGAGGGCCAGAAAGCUUCUGAAGAAGUUCUUCGUAAGGCUUCGUGGGAGUCUAUGCGCAAAAUGUCAAUGGAAUCAAUUGAGUCGGUGGAGUCAGUGUCCAAACAUACUGCCACUGAAAUUGAUGUUGAGCAGCUGAGGGCUUCUGUUGAUGAAGGGAAACUUGACGUUCGAUCCGCCGCUCAGAAAUUCGCUGAGAUGGACCGAAGAGCUGCUGAACAAGCGAAGCAGAGCAAGAAGCCUACGACGAUUAACGGUGUCUCUUACGGGCGAGCAUGUCCGAAAGAAGGUGAACGACAAAAGGUUAAGGACCGAAAUGAAGGGGCUAAACGGAUUCAGUCUCGUGUGCGUGGGAUGAUCGCUCGAGAAGCACUCAGGAAGAAGGUCACAGCUUCCAGUCGAAUUGCAACCAGUAUUCAAGCUGAAUUCAGACGGCGUCGAGCACGAAAACAGUUCGAGAAUCUGCUUCAGCAAAAAGAACGCGAGCAUUCCUGCGCCAUUGCCAUACAAAAGGUUACGCGAGGUCGAUUUCAAAGAAAUCGCUAUCGGAUCGAAGCUACGGUUUACAAAGCUGCAAUCGUUUUGCUGCAGUCUCAUGUCCGUGCUUGGCAGGCUCAGACUGCAUACACCAAGCAGAUUAAAGCAGCAUAUCAAAUCCAAGCAUUCAUGGCUCGAACACUAUCUGGUUGGCAUGCAAGGAACGAGGUUGCCGGUCUUCGCAAACAGCACGCCGCAGCUACGACAAUCCAGGCUACGCUUCGAAUGCGAGCAGAAGCCUUGCAGGCUCGAUCUCGGCGAGCUGCUAUUAUUCAACUCCAGUGUACGUGGCGUCAGACUAUAGCACGAAGAACACUCGACCGCUUGAAACGCAAAGCAACGGAAAGAAAAGCUGCCCAACUGGACCUUAAGAAUUCAACAGCGACAAAGAUCCAACGUCUGUGGCGCGGAAUGGCCGCUCGGUCGGAGGUGUCUACGUUGCGUGCCGAAGCUGCUGCUGCAGAGGCUGCCGCCGCGGAAGCUGCUCGCCAGGAGGAGGUGGCCCGUCAGGAAGAGGAUGCCCGACGGGAGGAAGCUGCUCGUCAGGAGGAGGUUGCCCGUGAAUUGGAAGUCAACAGCAGUAUGGCAACGAAGAUCCAGAGCCACUGGCGCGGAGCGGCCGCUCGGUUGGAGGUGUCUGCGUUGCGUGCCGAAGCUGCUCGUCAGGAGGAGGUUGCCCGUCAGGAAGAGGAUGCCCGACGGGAGGAAGCUGCUCGUCAGGAGGAGGUGGCCCGUGAAUUGGAAGUCAGGAGCAGUAUGGCAACGAAGAUCCAGAGCCACUGGCGCGGAGCGGCCACUCGGUCGGAGGUGUCUACGUUGCGUGCCGAAGCUGCUGCUGCAGAGGCUGCCGCCGCGGAAGCUGCUCGUCAGGAGGAGGUGGCCCGUCAGGAAGAGGAUGCCCGACGGGAGGAAGCUGCUCGUCAGGAGGAGGUGGCCCGUCAGGAAGAGGAUGCCCGACGGGAGGAAGCUGCUCGUCAGGAGGAGGUGGCCCGUCAGGAAGAGGAUGCCCGACGGGAGGAAGCUGCUCGUCAGGAGGAGGUGGCCCGUCAGGAAGAGGAUGCCCGACGGGAGGAAGCUGCUCGUCAGGAGGAGGUUGCCCGUCAGGAAGAGGAUGCCCGACGGGAGGAAGCUGCUCGUCAGGAGGAGGUGGCCCGUCAGGAAGAGGAUGCCCGACGGGAGGAAGCUGCUCGUCAGGAGGAGGUGGCCCGUCAGGAAGAGGAUGCCCGACGGGAGGAAGCUGCUCGUCAGGAGGAGGUGGCCCGUGAAUUGGAAGUCAGGAGCAGUAUGGCAACGAAGAUCCAGAGCCACUGGCGCGGAGCGGCCACUCGGUCGGAGGUGUCUACGUUGCGUGCCGAAGCUGCUCGUCAGGAGGAGGUGGCCCAUCAGGAAGAGGCUGCCGCCGCGGAAGCUGCUCGUCAGGAGGAGGUGGCCCGUCAGGAAGAGGAUGCCCGACGGGAGGAAGCUGCUCGUCAGGAGGAGGUGGCCCGUCAGGAAGAGGAUGCCCGACGGGAGGAAGCUGCUCGUCAGGAGGAGGUGGCCCGUCAGGAAGAGGAUGCCCGACGGGAGGAAGCUGCUCGUCAGGAGGAGGUUGCCCGUCAGGAAGAGGAUGCCCGACGGGAGGAAGCUGCUCGUCAGGAGGAGGUGGCCCGUGAAUUGGAAGUCAGGAGCAGUAUGGCAACGAAAAUCCAGAGCCACUGGCGCGGAGCGGCCACUCGGUCGGAGGUGUCUACGUUGCGUGCCGAAGCUGCUCGUCAGGAGGAGGUGGCCCAUCAGGAAGAGGCUGCCGCCGCGGAAGCUGCUCGUCAGGAGGAGGUGGCUCGUCAGGAAGAGGAUGCCCGACGGGAGGAAGCUGCUCGUCAGGAGGAGGUGGCCCGUCAGGAAGAGGAUGCCCGACGGGAGGAAGCUGCUCGUCAGGAGGAGGUGGCCCGUCAGGAAGAGGAUGCCCGACGGGAGGAAGCUGCUCGUCAGGAGGAGGUGGCCCGUCAGGAAGAGGAUGCCCGACGGGAGGAAGCUGCUCGUCAGGAGGAGGUUGCCCGUCAGGAAGAGGAUGCCCGACGGGAGGAAGCUGCUCGUCAGGAGGAGGUGGCCCGUGAAUUGGAAGUCAGGAGCAGUAUGGCAACGAAGAUCCAGAGCCACUGGCGCGGAGCGGCCACUCGGUCGGAGGUGUCUACGUUGCGUGCCGAAGCUGCUCGUCAGGAGGAGGUGGCCCAUCAGGAAGAGGCUGCCGCCGCGGAAGCUGCUCGUCAGGAGGAGGUGGCCCGUCAGGAAGAGGAUGCCCGACGGGAGGAAGCUGCUCGUCAGGAGGAGGUGGCCCGUCAGGAAGAGGAUGCCCGACGGGAGGAAGCUGCUCGUCAGGAGGAGGUGGCCCGUCAGGAAGAGGAUGCCCGACGGGAGGAAGCUGCUCGUCAGGAGGAGGUGGCCCGUGAAUUGGAAGUCAGGAGCAGUAUGGCAACGAAAAUCCAGAGCCACUGGCGCGGAGCGGCCACUCGGUCGGAGGUGUCUACGUUGCGUGCCGAAGCUGCUCGUCAGGAGGAGGUGGCCCAUCAGGAAGAGGCUGCCGCCGCGGAAGCUGCUCGUCAGGAGGAGGUGGCCCGUCAGGAAGAGGAUGCCCGACGGGAGGAAGCUGCUCGUCAGGAGGAGGUGGCCCGUCAGGAAGAGGAUGCCCGACGGGAGGAAGCUGCUCGUCAGGAGGAGGUGGCCCGUCAGGAAGAGGAUGCCCGACGGGAGGAAGCUGCUCGUCAGGAGGAGGUGGCCCGUCAGGAAGAGGAUGCCCGACGGGAGGAAGCUGCUCGUCAGGAGGAGGUGGCCCGUGAAUUGGAAGUCAGGAGCAGUAUGGCAACGAAGAUCCAGAGCCACUGGCGCGGAGCGGCCACUCGGUCGGAGGUGUCUACGUUGCGUGCCGAAGCUGCUCGUCAGGAGGAGGUGGCCCAUCAGGAAGAGGCUGCCGCCGCGGAAGCUGCUCGUCAGGAGGAGGUGGCCCGUCAGGAAGAGGAUGCCCGACGGGAGGAAGCUGCUCGUCAGGAGGAGGUGGCCCGUCAGGAAGAGGAUGCCCGACGGGAGGAAGCUGCUCGUCAGGAGGAGGUGGCCCGUCAGGAAGAGGAUGCCCGACGGGAGGAAGCUGCUCGUCAGGAGGAGGUGGCCCGUCAGGAAGAGGAUGCCCGACGGGAGGAAGCUGCUCGUCAGGAGGAGGUGGCCCGUGAAUUGGAAGUCAGGAGCAGUAUGGCAACGAAGAUCCAGAGCCACUGGCGCGGAGCGGCCACUCGGUCGGAGGUGUCUACGUUGCGUGCCGAAGCUGCUGCUGCUGAGGCUGCCGCCGCGGAAGCUGCUCGUCAGGAGGAGGUGGCCCAUCAGGAAGAGGCUGCCGCCGCGGAAGCUGCUCGUCAGGAUGAGGUGGCCCGUGAAUUGGAAGUCAGGAGCAGUAUGGCAACGAAGAUCCAGAGCCACUGGCGCGGAGCGGCCACUCGGUCGGAGGUGUCUACGUUGCGUGCCGAAGCUGCUGCUGCUGAGGCUGCCGCCGCGGAAGCUGCUCGUCAGGAGGAGGUGGCCCAUCAGGAAGAGGCUGCCGCCGCGGAAGCUGCUCGUCAGGAUGAGGUGGCCCGUGAAUUGGAAGUCAGGAGCAGUAUGGCAACGAAGAUCCAGAGCCACUGGCGCGGAGCGGCCACUCGGUCGGAGGUGUCUACGUUGCGCGCCGAAGCUGCUGCUGCAGAGGCUGCCGCCGCGGAAGCUGCUCGUCAGGAGGAGGUGGCCCAUCAGGAAGAGGCUGCCGCCGCGGAAGCUGCUCGUCAGGAGGAGGUGGCCCGUCAGGAAGAGGAUGCCCGACGGGAGGAAGCUGCUCGUCAGGAGGAGGUGGCCCGUCAGGAAGAGGAUGCCCGACGGGAGGAAGCUGCUCGUCAGGAGGAGGUGGCCCGUCAGGAAGAGGAUGCCCGAAGGGAGGAAGCUGCUCGUCAGGAGGAGGUUGCCCGUCAGGAAGAGGAUGCCCGACGGGAGGAAGCUGCUCGUCAGGAGGAGGUGGCCCGUGAAUUGGAAGUCAGGAGCAGUAUGGCAACGAAGAUCCAGAGCCACUGGCGCGGAGCGGCCACUCGGUCGGAGGUGUCUACGUUGCGUGCCAAAGCUGCUGCUGCUGAGGCUGCCGCCGCGGAAGCUGCUCGUCAGGAGGAGGUGGCCCAUCAGGAAGAGGCUGCCGCCGCGGAAGCUGCUCGUCAGGAGGAGGUGGCCCGUCAGGAAGAGGAUGCCCGACGGGAGGAAGCUGCUCGUCAGGAGGAGGUGGCCCGUCAGGAAGAGGAUGCCCGACGGGAGGAAGCUGCUCGUCAGGAGGAGGUGGCCCGUGAAUUGGAAGUCAGGAGCAGUAUGGCAACGAAAAUCCAGAGCCACUGGCGCGGAGCGGCCACUCGGUCGGAGGUGUCUACGAUACGCGGAUAUGCAAUCGGAGGGUCCGUCGCCUCACUGCUGGGCAGUAAAGAGUUGAUGGCGCUCAGAAUUCGAAGAAGAUGGCGCCGUGCUAUAGUAAGAGCUAGGAUAAUGACAGCACGGCGGAAAGAUGCUGACCAGCUCGAAAUGGUGUUGGCUUUGCGGCUGCAAAGUCAAUGGCGGUCGGUUGCUGCAUCGUGCAUGGAACGAAAGUUGCGGCCAGCGAUGACAAACAAUCAAGUCAAAUCUGAGAUUGCGACGGCUUCGAAAGCUCUGCGACAUACAGCAACUGCUGUGCACGACCGUGUUGGAGGAAAUUCGUAUGCUGUAUCGUUGGAUUCAAAUGUACCCAAGGAUGCAUUGAUCAUUCAAGCUGUGCGGUGUGGUAGUAUUGGACGGAAAGAAGCUGCAGUGCAGCGAUCGGAGAAAACGAAUUGUCAAGAAGGCGUCGAUCGAGUGGAUGCUCAAAUCGGUCGAAACCCAACGUUAGCAGAGCUUCAGCUUUUAAGUCAAACCGGACGCUUUUCCAACCUUUCCGACGAUAGCGAUGACGACUCGAGUUUCGAAGAUGCGCCAAGCUUUGUUGGUGAAGCCCCAUUUGCCCAAGCCUCGACGCAAUCCUUGGAGCUGGAUUUGUCGGACCAGAACGUUGGUUCGUCGCAGAGAGAGAAUGAACAUAUUGUGUCACCCAAUGCCGAGCGUAAUUUCGAUUCUCGAGAAUCUACGAGUUCGGAGGACGUGGCACUUGGGUGUCCGGUUCCAGAGCACCACUUGGCUUAUAAUGACGACAAAAGUGAUGCUAGUAGCGAUAUAUUCGUCGACGCAAUCGAGGAACAGAAGUUGGUUGAGCAUGCCAUUCAAAGCUGGAGUUUUGACAAGGAUGAUCACUUGGCGGACGAGAGUAGCGAUCGAACUGUUGGCACUGCUUUGUCUGUGGAUGCGUUUACCGUUGGAGAUGGUGCUACUCUAUCGUCGCCGGUAAACCUGGAGGUUUUCCAGGAAGUCGACAACGAGUGCCUUAGAAGCAGCAUCUGUGAAAGUGAUCGUCGGUUGUCUUUUCACUCUGAAUAUUCGUAUCAAGAGCCUUCAUUGGACUCGCAGACCGCUAGAGGCAGCUUGGCGUCAAGCUCGUUAAGCGGCGUAUCCCGGUUCAACGAAGAAGCUCGUGAUGGUUCAUUUCGCUCUCGAAUAGACUCGUACGCCGACUCCACCCGCUCUCGAAUAGACUCCUACGCCGACUCCACUCGUUCUCGUGGAGACUCGUACGCUGACUCGGUUCGAUUUCGAACCGAUUCCCACGCCGAUAUGUUCCGGUCUCGUGGCAACUCAUUGGACGAUGAGGUUCGCUCCCGUGGAGGUUCUUAUGCGGAUGUUUUGGCCAAAUCCUCUUACGACGAGCCAAGUUUUACUGAUGAAGUAAACCGCGACGAUGGCCCGAAGAUCUUUGAUACUGAUAGCGACCGCGCAAGCUCUGUUAUUAGCGAUUCUCCAGGCUCAGAUAAAAACAUUUGCGAAGUCGAGAAAGAUGAGGUACACGACGAGGCACAAGCAACACGCACGAAGAGUAAUAGUCGCUGGCGUGCUGCGAGUGUGCUAAGCGCACUAUCUACUCGACGGUCGAGCAAGCCGACAAGUUCACCCGCGUCAUCAUUCGAAGAAGAGGAAAAAGAUGUGAAGGUACCACCUGCGACUAACUUGCCGUCGAUUACUGGAUUGAGCUCUGUUGCAAGUUUGCUCAAUCGGAAGCUUUCGGUUCCGAUGAGCAAGCUAAGUACCACCAGCGAGAUGGAGAUGGAGGAUUCAUCGGGUGUGUAUUCGCCUCAGGAACAGCAGCCUUCCAAGAGUAAGUUUCGUUUCGGCCGAUUUGCUGCUCCAACUGCGGCCUUCCCGUCGCGUUUUACAUGGAAAAGCACGACCCGUCGCGGCACGAAUGAGUACGACGACGGAGAAGUGGCGGAUUCACAGACCGCCUAA